CUUUUGCGCCAACUACUACAACACCACGAUCUGUGAUUAUUCAACGCACUCACUCAUUCGCAGAUCCUCAAUUUUCUAUCUGAACCUGCCAAAAUCCAUCAAGUGUAGACAGGAUGUCGUACAAUCCAUAUGGAGCUGCACCUUUUGGUCGGCCACCAGGAUUUGGAGGCUUCCCAGGCCAGAGCGGCACUCCUCCUGGCAUGGGACCUCCGCCAGGAAUGGGUCCUCCACCAGGCAUGUCUGCCCCAGGAACGGCGCCCCCUCCAGGCGUACAGCAAGCCAACGCUACACAAUCAAGUCGACCAAGUGGUCUCCCUGCGAGCUUUCAGGGCCCUCCAAAUAUGCCCAAUAUCAACUUCUCUGCGCCUGUCAUCCGCCUAGGUACCGGUCCCUCCAAGCCUGUAGCUCCCUUACCUGGUGCAGCAGGCAGAAGAGAAAAUCAGGAUCCAGGCUCAGCAGGUGGACGACCGGGACUAGGCGCAGAGAGAGGAAUGGAGGCACAGCGACAGGCAUUGAGGGAUAGUAUGAUGUCCUUGGUUCCACCUACGAAGGAAGAGAUCGUGCGGACUAUCUUCGUGGGAGGAAUUACAGAAGGUGCAGGAGGAGAUGAUGGCGUCGAGCGGAUUCUCAGCACAGCGGGGCGAUUACGCAGAUGGGAUCGAGCUACGGAUGCAGAUGGGAAACAAUGCACUUUUGGAUUUGCGCAGUACGACGAUGCAGAGAGUUUAGCUACAGCUGUGGAGGUUCUCAAGGAUAUUGAGAUUCCGACGAAGAAACAGCCGCCUAGCGAUGGAGUCAAAAAGGAAGGGGAAGACGAGGACGAGAUCGAGAAGAGCAAGCUGUUAGUCUUCGUGGAUGACAACUCUCUGAAUUAUUUGGACAAUUCGUCUCAGAACCGAGGUGAUGACUCGGCUGCUGAACGGGCACGACUCGACGCUGCAAGAGCAGGCCUGAAAGCAGCCAUCUACGAAUUAUUCCAUCCACCUAUGUAUGUCAAGUUGGAUGAGAGCGAGGACGCUGCCAUGCAGGAUGGGAAGGGAGAAAACGUCGAAGUUGUCAACAUACCACUGGCAGUGGACGAUGAACUUGCAGAUAUCCCAGCUGAAAUGCGGGAGACUGUUGCUUUGGAAAUCGCGGCAUUCAGAGAUCGGAGCACGAGGAGAGAUAUGGAGCGAUUGAAGCGAGAGGAGGAGAUGGAGGCUGCUGAGAGGUUAAGAAAUGGAGCACCUCGACCCUCGAGACUUGCUUCGCCGCCUCCAAAUACUCCCAGUGGACCUGCUGCUGGCACAAACAACAUUCCUCUUGGACCCCGCGGAGUUCCCAAUGCGCCAUCUGGACCCAAGCUUGGCUCCCAAAUUCCUCGUGACUAUCAGAAGGGCGUCGCAUUCGUGAAUGGAAGCGGUAUCAACGGUGCCGCGAGUGGAGAUGUCUGGAUCAAUCGUGAGGAAGACGACGAUUCUGCCAGCGACGAAGAACUGGAACGCCGGAGAACUGCCAAAAAGGAAGCCGACUUGGAGAAGACAUAUCUGGAUCAAGAACGAAGAUGGCUAAAUCGGGAGCGCUCGAGGACUGCUGCAGUACAGCGUGAAAAGGAGCGAGAGGACGAAGAUGCAGCAAAAGAGAAUGCAGAGAAAGAAAAGAUGGCCCAAAGACUUCGUGACUGGGACGACGAUGUGGAAGCGUCUCGGAAAGUCGAUGACUACUACGCUGAUCGGAGCAUGUGGAUUCGAAACCGCGCAUUAUUUCGUGCUCGGGAAUCUGCUGCUGAUGAACGCGAUCGUAUCGCAGAGGCGAGGGAACGCCAACGUGAUGUUGCAGAUAAGGAGCAAGCUCGUGGCCUAGCAGACUCAUUCCUGGAUCGCCAAGCGGAGGAGUUGGAGUCCAGAAGUGCACCUGGCCGCGCUCAGCAGCCAUUCAAACUGUCCCUUGGUGCAGCUGCUCAGAAAGUUCAGAAAGAGAAAGCUCAACCUCCAAGAAGAACAGUCGCAGAAGUCGAAGGCCUGCUGGAAGACGAAGAAGAUGGUGGCAACUCAUCCAAGCGUACUCUCAUUCCUAUCAAGUUCGAUCCAUCGGCUCCUGUUGCUCAGAUGUCAGAUGAGGAGCGUGAUCAAGCUGUUCGUCAGUUAGCAGCUGAAAUUCCAACUGAAAAGGAUGGAUUGUGGGCUUGGGAUGUCAAGUGGGAGUUUGUGGAUGACGCAGUCAUUGUGGAGAAGCUGCGACCAUUCGUCGAAAAGAAAAUCGUGGAGUAUCUCGGUGUUCAGGAACAGUUACUGAUUGAGGUUGUGGAAGAGCAUCUCCGUCAAAGAGGCAAACCACAGGCGUUGGUUGAAGAGUUGGAAGGGGCCUUGGACGAGGAAGCCGAAGUACUAGUGAAGAAGCUCUGGCGAAUGGUCAUCUUCUUCUCCGAGAGUGAGAAGCGAGGUCUGUCUGCCUAGGCGCCGCAGUCAGCUAUCGUUUCCGGCGUUGUCCUACAAGGAGAAAUGGUAACGAGACACCUUCCCGGGCGCUUGUCCCAGGAGGUUGUGCUCCCAAGUUCCCGUUAUAUGAAGCCCCGAGGCGUGUUCUAAUAGAAAAUAAGCGUGCAUAUCUCGAUGGAAUUUCCGGCUAUGAAUGCGAUGUAUGAUAAGUUGGCAACAGAUACAAAAAGGGAUGCUGCCUCGAAUGAUACUGCUACGGGGUCAUGAAUUUAAUUUGAUAGAUACACUUUUGACUGGCAACAAGUGAUCUUGAAUACGGG